AUGUCGAGAACUACCAAUUCAAAUAGUGAAUCAGAGAGUAAACAGAGGAAUGUCGUGUCUGGUAAUGCACAUACUAAUGCUCAGACUACUGGAGUUAAGAAUACUGGGAAACAAAGGCCCACUGUUACACAAAAUCAAUACAUAAAAAAUUUAGUCAAAACUCAUAUAACAAAUAAUCAUCCAGCUUUGACAGAAUUACCACAUCCAUUAGACUUCGAUAAAUAUGAUGAAAGUAUUUUAAGGAAAUAUAAAGAUCAUUUUAAAUUGGACGUUCCUGAUAAUUUGACUCUAAGAGGAUACCUGUUGGGAUCAGCUUUAGGUUUAAGGACUUUUUCUGGUAAGAAGAAUCAAAUUGGUAAACCUGGUGCAAGAAUAACUAAAAAUAAACUAGCUAAUGAAGUAAAGACACAUUUUGAUAAUUAUUCAGUAAAAGAAAAUACUUGUGUACCACAUUUUAUUUACAAAGUUAAAACACAGAAAAAGAAGUUUAAAAUGGAAUUUAAGGACUAA